AGCGGACAUUUAUGCCAGAAUUUAUGCAAACGUGCAUUCAUCCCCCCAGCCUCGCCAGACCCAGCACGACUCCCAGCGUGGCAGCGACCCAGUUGUCGUCUAGAUAUAUGCCGGCCAAGUCAGACGGUCAGGCUCCACGAAAUGACAGACGCUCCGCCAUCCCUCGAGUGCAAAGUCGUGUCGCCCGCCAACUUCCCGCUGGAUCCACGGUAUGCGCAGACGCGCGCGCCCAAGGUGGUUCCAUGGUAUCGCACUCUCCACGACAGGAGAUCCCCGCAUCCCACAUCGCGGAAUCUCCUUGACCUACCAGACGAGGUGCUGUGGCGAGUGACACACUUCAUCGCAGAACCGAACAAAGGUCGCUACCUCUCACCGUUUGCGCUCGUCAGCAGAGAGUGCCGACAGCUCGCCAGGCCGCAUCAGUUCUCGGACGUGUCCAUUGUCCGCUCUCGGUUGUCCGAGAAUCUCGUGAAAUAUAUCCUCCAAGAGGCCUCGCAGCGAUACAGCCAUGUUCAGCCCACCAUUGGGGCUUGCAUCCGAACCCUGCAUCUUGUCCUGGACAGGGAGUACGACUCGGAGUCGCCGGAUCCGUGGGACAUGGAGACAGAUGAUGAAGACGACGCGCCCGAGACGGAUGGCGGGAAUGACAAGAAGGAAUGGCAAGGCUUGAUCGACAAACUUGCACAGGCCAUGGAGUGCUGCAUGCCCAACUUGGAUCGCCUGUACUGGGACCACACAGCAGGCCUGACCGUAUUUCCCCAGCUGGUGCCCGCCCUCGUCUCCCGGCUGAGAACCUGUCCAGUAUUCCAAGAGCUCUGGCUCGACGACUAUGAACUGUUCUCGGGUCUGGAGGAGGCUGAUGGCCGCCCCGUGAUUCCGGAUUGUCAUUUCCGAGUGCGCUCCUUGGGCUUUGGGUGCGAUCAAGACUACUACCCCGAGCGAUCAGGAAAUAUUGAGUUGUUGGCCGAGACGCUGCUUCGUAAUUCUGCGUCUACACUUGAGAGUCUCAUUUGGAGUCCUGGAUUUGAAGGAACUCGUGGCCAGGACAAUGAGCUAGACCGUCACAUUAUUUCGUUCCAAAACGGACCAAUACACUUUCCGCGCCUGCGCAAGUUCUGGUCUGAACUGGAUGACGGAAACCAUAUGAGCCCGGCCACACUCGAGAACUUCCUGGCCGCGCCUCUCGAGUCCUUCUGUCCGUCGCCCAAAAUCUGCGACAUUAUGCUGGAGAACGGGCUGGACCGCAAGUAUCCCCUACCCGGCCUGCGCACAUUUGCCAUACCGCACGUAAUUGGCAUGGGAGGCCGUCGCGUCGAGAACAUCUUGCGACUCGCAGCCGAGUACGCUUCUAAAAUCCAGGAGCUAUUUGUGUACGCGCCCGAAGGGACGAAAACAUCACUAGAGAAUCAUGUGCGCCGUGAAAACUACCCCAACCUGCGGUCGUUGUGCUUUGUCUGGCCCAUGUUUGGCGGCGGCAAUCAGCUCCUCGACGCGAUCGGUGCGCAUCUCCCGACCUUGGAGGAACUCGCGUUCAAUUUUGUCAUCUUCAGCCAGACGACACACGACGUCCCCAGCCAUGGCGGCCGCAUCCGUCUUUCCCAUGCCAAGCUAGCCAAGGUGCUCUCGCCACUGAAGAGGCUGACUCGACUGGCCAUCUUUGGCGACGAGUACAUCGCCGACUACUGCGGUCCUGAAUGGUCAUGGCAUCAUUUCUACAAGGAGCACGUGUGGUUCAACCAGAGCCGGGGCUGUCUAUAUUAUACUCGGAAUGGGAACAUGACCCACCGUGCCCCGUCAAGACCGGGGGAUGAGGUGGAGGAUUGGAACACAGCGUGGCUGGAGGUGAACUUUAUUGAUUCAGAUUUAUACUCGACACCAUCAGAUCUUGCGGCCCUCUAUGCGGAGGAGUUGCCUUCCUUGAGACAAUUCGUCAUAGGCAGGGUGUUGGUGGAAAUUAAUAGACCAGACAGCGGCAGAGAUGGCACUUAGGCGGCUAGGGAUAAUUGGAUCUGCCGUUCAGCUUUGACGUUGAACGAUCUGAAUAGCUCACCCGGAAAUUCGUGGUGUGUACAACCAGAAG